CCCGCCCCUCCAUCCUGCCGGACCUCUUCAUUUGCAGAGAAGACCAUUCCCCUUAGCCAAUCACUCGCCCUCAAUCCCAGUCCUGGGGAUGUGUGAUUGGCAGAAGUGGAAGAGCUCUUGCCCCCUCCCACCUCAGCAAAUUCUAUUGGCGGAUGUAGGGAAGACGCCCCCCUGACUUGGGUGCUCUAAAUUGAAGACACAAGGAGACGCCCCCUAACCCGGAACUCCGAUUGGCCACAGGCAUGACCACGGGCCGCCCCUCCCCUCACUGAGGAAGGUAAAUAAGAUCUUCCAAGAACUUUGUAGUCGCCCCUCCUCAACAACAGCGUUAGGGGGUGUGGCUAGCACCGAGGGGGCGGGGCUAGGCAAAGAUCGCCCAACGCGGCGGCGAAACAAGACCCGGCCGCGAGUUGGGGAUAGGGUUCCCCGUUCGGGGCGGGGCUUGGGGACUCCGGCUUUCCCGCCGACGGUUGGCCACGUCACGUGACAUGGGUUGGAAGAUGGCGUCUCCCACAGACGGGACAGAUCUGGAAGCAUCUUUGCUAAGUUUUGAAAAACUUGACCGUGCCUCACCAGACCUUUGGCCUGAACAAUUACCAGGUGUUGCUGAAUUUGCAGCUUCCUUCAAAAGCCCUAUUACUAGCUCUCCACCUAAAUGGAUGGCUGAAAUAGAACGUGACGAUAUCGACAUGUUGAAAGAACUGGGCAGUCUCACCACGGCUAAUUUGAUGGAGAAGGUACGAGGCCUGCAGAACCUGGCCUAUCAGCUGGGUCUGGAUGAGUCCAACAAGUUUGUCUUGGAAGAAGUACAACCAGAAUGCUCCUUGGAAGCAAGGAUGGCAAGACUAUAUCUCACAUACUUUGGACAUGUUGUCAGGAGGGAUCAAUCCCUGGAGAAGGACAUCAUGCUUGACAAAGUAGAGGGUCAGCAAAAAAAAAGAAGACACUCAACGAGAUGGAUUGACGCAGUGGCUGCAACAAUGGGCUCAAGCAUAGCAACAAUUGUGAGGAUGGUGUGGGACUGGGCAGUGUUUCAUUCUGCUGUGCAUAGGUCGCUAUGAGUUGGAACCAACUCGAUGGCACGUAACAACAACAACAACUUCCCCAAACCUUGAUAAAACAGGAAAAGAAUUUCUUUUUUUAAGGAUUUUUGUUUUCUUUUUUGAUUUUAUUCUGCUUUAGGUGAAAGUUUACAGCACAAAUUAGUUUCUCGUUCAAUAAUUUACACACAAAUUGUUUUGUGACAUUGGUUGCCAUCCCUGCAAUGUGUCUGCACUCUCCCACUUUCCACUCCGAGUUCUCCAUGUACAUUCGUCCAGUUUUCCUGUCCCUUCCUGCCUUUUCCCUUUGUUUUUGGGCAAGUGUUGCUCAUUUGGCCUAGUAUUCUUGACUGAACUAGGAAACACAUUACUCACAUGUGUUAUCAUUUGUUUUAUAGUCCUGUCUAAUCUUUGACUUAAAGGUGGACCUUGGGAGUGGCUUCAGUUCUGAGUUAGCAGGGUGUCCAGCGGCCAUAGUCUUAGGGGUCCCUUCAGUCUCUGUCAGACCAGUAAGUCUGAUCUUUUUUUAUGAAUUUGAAUUUUUUUCUACACUUUUCUCCUGCUUUGUCCGGGACCCUCUAUUGUGAUCCCUGUCAGAGUGACUGGUGGUGGUAGCAGCAGGGCAUCAUCUAACUCUUCGGGGCUCAGGCUGGUGGAAGCUGUGGUAAUUAUGGUCCAUUAGUCCUUUGAACUAAUAUUUUCCUGUGUCUUUGCUCUGGACAUCUGUAGGACCAAUAGAUGUAUCUUAGAUAGCUGUCCGCAAGCUUUUAAGACCCGAGACACCACUCAUUAAAGUAGGAUGUAGAACACUUUCUUUUUGAAGGACAUAAAUUUCCAGUCUGAGAGAUCCUGCCAAGUGCCAGCAAAAUAGAUGAAAAUACACCUAUACUGAAAGGCACAUCAUUGUGAAAUCUCUGAACUCUGGGGAAAAAGAGAAGAUUCUUCGAACUUCCAGAAAAAACAGACAAAAAAUAGGCCUUUUACAAAGAAUUGGGAAUCAAAAUGUCUUCAAUAUCGACGAUAUUGGAGCAAUGCCUUCAAAAUUCUGAGGGAAAAUUAUUUCUAACCUAGAAUGCCAAAUCAAGUGAGAAGAUGAAUACAUUUUAGACAUGGAAGAUCUGAAAAAAAUUGUCCUUUCAUGAACUCUUAGGAACUAUUGGAAGCCAUGCUCCAUCCAAAGGAGGGAAUAAACCAAGAAAAAAGGUGAAAUGAGAUACAGAAAACAAGGGUUUCCCAGGAUGAUAAUGAGGGGGAUCCCAGGAUGAUUGCUGUGUGGCAGGCAGAGGACAACCAGACCAGAUUUCAGACUUCUUCAAGAAGAUUAAAUUGGUAAAUUUGCAUGUCAAUAUGUUGAGAUUUAGGCAGCAGGUAAGCAUAGAAUCUGUGGUUGAAUUAGAAAUGAGUACAUAGAAAAUGAAGCAAACUAAAAAAAUCCAUAGAAAACAAAAGAAAAAAAUGCAAGAAAGGAAAAGUAAUCAUAGUACAUGGCUUAGCUGUGACUAGCAUUUGUAUGUGUACCGUCAUGCGCUGCAUAACAUCCAUUGGGACAACAUCUGACUGCAUAUAUGUCUGUGGUCCCAGAAGGUUAUAAUAGAGUUCAGAAAUCCCUAUCAGAGAAUACAAUGUAGUGGACCUAAGUGGACCUAACUAGAUUUAACGAACACAACAGCUUCCUGUGUGUAACACGUGCAUCUCAUAUCUCUUAUAUACAAACCUACUUCACCUAUACAUUACCUUGCCAGAUACAUUAGCAGAAAUACAGUACUAUGUGUGUACGGACUCUUGGCUGUUUAGUCAACACGGGUAACCUACAGUCUCCCAUAUAGCUUUGGUAAGUAUGUAAUUUUUUUUUUUAAGUAUAUAAUAUGGUAUUCACACAGCAUACAAAUCAUAUAAUGUCCUAUUUCACUGAAUGUAUUAUGGAUGUUAAGCGACAUAUGACUGUAAUCAUGAUAAUGUACAAACUGACCAAUGAUCUAAGUAAAGUUACCGUAUUUAACUCUGAGAGGCUAGGAGAUGGGAUGCUUGCACAUGUAUUGUGGGCACAUAUGGUAGGGGUAGAAAAAAGAGCUAAAUCAUCAUUUUCUGUAUGGGGGAAGUCAAUAAAUAAUGCCUCAAAUUGAAAAACCAAGAAGUAGCAAUAUAGGCAUAUUUAGUUAUUUAGAGACAUAGAGGUAAUAUAAAAUAACCAUUUUAUAUUGAUUUAGGCCCCUGUUGAAAUAUGUACAUAUAUACCUUUAGUUUAAAAAAAAAUGUUAAAAAGAGGAGAAAUGGGUAAAAAGAAAGACAGAAACUGUAUAUUAUAGCAUAUAGAGAGAUGGCUAAAUAACAUUUAAUAGGAAAAUGAAUAGAAACCAAAACAGCAUGUAUGAACAGGCGGAUUUGUUUAUGUGGAGGGAAGAUAAUCACUUUGAACUGAAAUGUGGUUGCUUACAUAUUUUCAGUUUUUGUGUUAUAAACUUCUAUGUGCUCAAACUUACUUCAAUCCAAAAUAAAUAAAUCAAUUUUUCUGUGUUGAAAGCAACUGUAUUUGCAUCCCAUGAUGGGAAAGAGAACCCAAGACUCAUGCCAUUAGCAAUGUGUUGGUGACACAGUUUGAUAAAGGAAUUUUACUCCUUCCUGUCUUUCCUUCUUUGAAUUAUAAAUGAUACUUUAUUGAGUAUUUAGUUGGGUUGCAAUUCAGUUAGGAAAAAAAAUUCUGUGCUAAUUUUCAUUAUUAGGGUCCGCUAAAUAUUGACCUCUAGUCAACUUGAUGGCAGUGGGUUGGUGGGUAGUACUGGGUAGGUUUUAAUGGGUAGAAUUUCACUUUUUAACAUGGCAUUGAAUUGUACAUUUAGCACUCGGUCUGGGUGAUCUCUCUGGGGACAGUGGAAUUGAUGGCUCCUCUUUCUGCCGGUCCCGGGUGGCUUGUGUGGAUAGCAGGUGUUGCUGGAAUGGUACAAUGCAUUCAGGAGUCAUAGUGCAAAUCUGAUCAAGGCGUAUAUUCCCAAAACCACUCAGUCUAGUGUCUCUCCUGGGGAAGAGGCCAACAUUGGCCUCCUAUGCUUUAAAAAUAAAAAAAAGAAAAGAAAAACUAAUUACCAACCUAAAGCAAAUGUCAUUCAACUCAAGUCCCUGAAGGAUAAAGGCGUAGGUGACAAAUGUUCCUGAGGAGAGGGUUGAGCUGUCACUUGUCUUCUUAAUGGAUCGCCUGUUUGGCUAUAGAAUCACAUGCUAUUUCUCCUUAUUGUGUGUUUUAUCUGAAGAAAUAUUGAAUAUCUGCAAGCCCAAAAGAAUUGUACAAUUUUUAUAAACCCAUUGACUUUGAACAGAAUGUUAAUGCCAAGGCAGAUGAUAAGGGGUUACUUUCAUUGCUCUUAAAGCAUUCAGGGAACAGCUGUUUAUUGACUUAGUUGUUCCUAAUACUUCACCUAUUUUCCUUACUUUUGAUUACACUUGUUACAGCCCAUUUUGUCUGCAUUGAACUGUAGGCAUUGAUCUAAGUCCUGUUCCAGAGAGCAGAGCUAAGAACAAUGGGAAAAAGUUAGAGAGGUGUUUUUUGUUUUUGUUUUUUUUGACAGUGUCAGUGAAGAAGUUUUUAAAUGUCCAGAAAUUAAAGUUUCUCAAAAAGUACCAAAUUCCUCAUCACUGAGAAUGCUCAGGCAGACCUGUACAAUUGGCUUUGAAAUGUUACUAGAUGGUUACUUGGGAUUAGGUAGGAGCUUCAGUUAAGGAUUCUAUUCUUUUCACUUUCAACAGAAGAUAUAUUUACAAAACGAACAGCUAAUGUAUGUGUUAAAUUGUUCCAUUUUCAUACUAUUUGUGUUUAUUCCUAACCUUUUACUCCUCUCCUUUGUAACAGUUAUUUUUUUACUAGUCGCCAUAACAAUGCUUUUAGUAAAUAUUCUGAUAGAGAAUUAACUAGUGUUUUAAAAAAUCUUUUAGAGUAGAAGGAACUAUGCUUAAUCUGAAGCCUGAAUGACUUGGAUUAGAUAAUAGUAAGAAUUUCUAGAAGGGGAUGUUAAAUUUGGAUUAAAAAAAAAAAUCUGAAGCCUGAAUGACUUGGAUUAGAUAAUAGUAAGAAUUUCUAGAGGGGUAUGUUAAAUUUGGAUUAAAAAAAAAAUCUGAAGUCUGAAUGACUUGGAUUAGAUAAUAGUAAGAAUUUCUAGAGGGGGGUGUUAAAUUUGGAUGGAAGUAUGAAAUUCUCUAUUUUAAAGGCCUUUGAAAGUAAAAUAGAUUUUCAUUCUGGGAUGUCCCGUUGACCGUGAGCCUUUACCUCAGCGAGUUUUUAGUGACUUUUUUUUUUCUUUCUAUAGUGAUUUCUUUUCUCACAUCCCCAAUCCAAUUUUUCUUCUCUUUCAAGAGAAAAAUCCCUAUUUUACUAGGAAUAUCAAUACCAUCUUUAAUGAACCUUUUUCUCUGCAUUUCUCUUAAUAUCUAAGUCCUUUGUCCUCAUUUUCUUACCGAUUUUCCCAAUUCCAAGAAGUAAAGUGUCCUUCUUCUCAAAGGAUUAUUCCCCUUUUCUUUGUAUUCUGAUUUCUAGUUUUUGGUGACAUCUAAGGAACCCUCAACCUUAUUUCCUGUUUCUCCAGCAUCAUAAGCCUGUCCCUCUUCCGAUAUCCACUUGAACAUUUCCAGUGGUAGGGAGUUUAUUUUCAGUGCUAGACAAUUAGAAUUAUCCCAAUAGAAUUCUACCUUCUUUGCUACUUCUCUUUAAUUUAAAGCCACAGUUGUUUCUUUUGAAGUCAGUAGCAACACAGAAAACAAUUUUCUUUCACACAUAAAUAGUUCAAUGUAUUUGAAGAAGUCUAUCACAGUGCCCCCUUUAAAAUUCAUUCAUGUAACCAAUCAUGUAAUUCAUUUGUUUCACAGUGAUUAAUUGAGUUUAUAUUAUGCCCCAGACAUAUAAGUUCUAAGGUUCCAAAGAUAAACAAGAUGUCUUUGAGUAACUCAUCAUCCAGUGACAGAUGAUUGUAGUUCAGUGUAAAAGAAGUUUGUAAGAGGUUCGUGGCAGGCGUGAAGGGACGGGGAGCAUAAUCAACUCUGCCUGAGUAAGGGUAUCAGGAAAAGCUUCAAAGAGAAAACUCUUGAAGCUGGAUAUUGAAGAGUACAUAAAAAUUUGCCAGAUGAACAUGAAGCAGUGUAAGGAUAAAAAAGAAGGGAGGAAUGAUGAGCCAGUAUAAAGAAUUAAAAUGACAUAUACAGGCACAGAAGUAUGAAGUCACAUGGUACAUUUGGGGAAAUGUUAGUUGUUCCUCAGUAGCUGGUACCUGUGUGAGAAUAGCAGGAGAUGAAGUCAUCCACUAGAUGCAAGCUCCAUGAGUGUCAGGACCUUGACUGGCUCAUUCUGUCAGUGGAUCCUCUUUCUGCCAGUCACAUUGCCUAGCUUAUCGGAGAUACCUGAUGAAUGAAGAAAUAAGAGGUAGGCAAGGAGCAGAUCUAGAAGGGCCUUGUAAACCAUGAAAAGGGAUUGAACAUUAUUCCGAAGAUUAGUCAAGACCCAGCUCAAGCUUAAAUGCUAUCUGUGAAGACUUCCUCAAGUUUUCUGGUUCAUGGUAGUACCCUUUCCAUAACUCCUAUAGCACUUUUUUUUUUAACCUCCGUUAUGGUAAAUUAUACUUUAUCUUAACGAUUAUUUAAAUGUUUUGGCCUACUGUAAACAUUCUUAGAAUAUCUUCUAUACAGUCUAAGUAUAGCCCGUGAAGGAGGGAUCAAAAUUUUAUUUUGCCUUAAUUAUGCCUUUAUUAUGCCUUAAUAAGUUCUUGUAAAGGUAGAUGAACAGGUUAUAAAACCUCUUGAAACCCCUCUUAGCAGCAUAUUCAUAAGAUUUUUAGAGGUUGCCCCAAUAAUUACAAUAAUAGCUUGAAAUUUCAUCAUACCUCUCAAAUAGGACUUUCAUUACACUAGAAAGCUUCUUGCUGCCCUCUUGUGAAAAGCUAAGUAAUAUUCCCAAUUAACAUGCUCAGAAAAGUGAUUUUCAUGUAAAGUCUACAAAGAGUUUUUUUUUCCAAAUUCUUAGGACUUUUAUAUCUUUUACAGAUUCUCAAACCUAAUUACUAAUAGUCAUUUCCGUUUUUGGUGUAUACCUGAGAUGAAUAUGAAAUAUUAAUUUAUUUCAUUACCUGCCAGGAUUUAUACUACUGCAUUUUGCCAAAUUACCCCCUAAAAGCAAAACAAAAUAAAAAAUAAUUAUUGGUGAAGUUAACUCUACAAUAUCCUAUUUAAUUUUUAGAAGUUACUUUGGAGUUUAAAUAUUCCGUUUUCUCUCUAAUCAAAAACAGAAGAUGUUGAAAAGUUAUAGAAAGUUACUUUAAUUGAGUUUGAUGUGUGAUAAUAUAAGAACUCACCUGGGGCUGGUAGAAAUUCAGGUUCUGAGUAGCCAGAGGGGAGAGUCCUUGUUAAAUACCCAGGGCCUUCAGUAGACACCAGAAGGUUUAUACCUUAGUAGCAAGACUACUAAACUGCGCUUACUAUAAAUUUGGUCCAUGAGAUAAUCUCUGACCGGAGAAAAAGUAGUUCUGGGUAGAAUGUGUCAGUGUUGAAGUAGCACUUUUUAUAGCAUAUUACUAGUGUAUUCAGGGAUGAAAAAGACCUUAACAACAACAACAAAAAACUGUAUUUGAUACACCAGAAACAAUUAGAAAAAAAAAUUUUUUUUAAGGUUCUUGUUAUAGUAACAAGAAUAUAAAAUACUUAAUAAAUCUAACCAAAAAUUUUAUACAAUUUUUAUGGAGAAAAUUAUAAAACUUUAUUGAGAGACAUUUCUUAUUGUUACUAGGUGCCAUUGAGUCGGUUCUGACCCAUAGCAACCCUAAGUACAACCGAACGAAACACUGCCAGGUCCUGCACCAUUCUCACAAUCAUUGUUAUUUGAGCCCAUUGUUCUAGCCACUGUGUGGAUCUAUCUUGUUGAGGGUCUUCCUCUUUUUUGCUGACCCUCUACUCUACCAAGCAUGAUGUCCUUCUCCAGGGACUGAUCCCUCCUGAUAACAUGUCCAAAGUAUGUGAGAUGUAGUCUUGUCAUCCUGGCUUCUAAGAAACAUUCUGGUUGUACUUCUUCCAAGACAGAUUUGUUUGUUCUUUUGGCAGUUCAUGGUAUAUUUAGUAUUCUUCACCAGUACCACAUUUCAAAGGCAUCGGUUCUUCUUUGUCUUCCAUAUUCAUCAUUCAUUUUUCAUAUGCAUAUGAAGUGAUUUGAAAACAUCAUGGCUUGGGUCAGGCGCAUUUUAGUCUUCAAGGUGACAUCUUUGCUUUUCAACUCUUUAAAGAGGUCUUUUACAGCAGAUUUGCCCAAUCUGUACAUCUGUUGAUUUCUUGACUGCUGCUUCUGAGAGUGUUGAUUGUGAAUCCAAGUAACAUGAAAUCCUUGACAACUUCGACCUUUUCUCUGUUUAUCAUGAUGUUGCUUAUUGGUCUAGUUGUGAGGGUUUUUGUUUUCUUUAUGUUGAGGUAUAAUCCAUCCUGAAAGCUGUGGUCUUUGAUCUUCAUCAGUAAGUGCUUCCAGUCCUCUUCACUUUUAGCAAGCAAGUUUGUGUCAUCUGCAUAAUGCAGGUUGUUAAUGUCCAGCUUCUUGGAUUAUUUGCUCAGCGUACAGAUUGAGUAAGUAUGGUGAAAGGAUACAACCCUGACAUACACAUUUUCUGACCUCUAACCACCCAAUAUCCCCUUGUUCUGUUUGAACAAGGCCUCUUGAUCUAUGUACAGGCUCCUCAUGAGCACAAUUAAGUGUUCUGGAAUUCCCAUUCUUUGCAAUGUUAUCCAUAACUUGUUAUGAUCUACACAGUCAAAUGCCUUUGCAUAGUCAAUAAAACACAGGUAAACAUCUUUCUGGUAUUCUCUGCUUUAAACCAGGAUCAUCUGACAUCAGCGGUGAUAUUCCUGGUUCCACGUCCUCUUCUGCAUCUGGCUUGAAUUUCUGGCAGUUUUCUGUCGAUGUACUGCCGCAUCCACUUCUGAAUGAUCUUCAGCAGAAUUUACUUGUGUGUGAUAUUAAUGAUAUUGUUCAAUAAUUUCCGCAUUUGGUGGAUCACCUUUCUUGGGGAUAGGCAUAAAUAUGGCUCUCUUGCAGUCAGUUGGCCAAGUAGCUGUCUUCCAGAUUUCCUGGCAUAGACAAGUGAGCACUUCCAGCGCUGCAUCCAUUUGUUCAAACAUUUCAAUUGGUAUUCCAUCAAUUCCUGGAGCCUUGCUUUUCACUAAUGCCUUCAGUGCAGCUUUGACCUCUUCCUUCAGUACCAUCUGUUCCUGAUCAUAUGCUACCUCCUGAAAUGGUUGAACAUCGACCAAUUCUUUUUGGUAUAGUGACUCUGUAUAUUCCUUCCAUCUUCUUUUUAUGCUUCCUGCAUCAUUUAGUAUUUUCCCCAUAGAAUCAUUCACUAUUGCCAACUCAAGGCUUGAAUUUUUUCUUCAGUUCUUUCAGCUUGAGAAAUCCUCAGCAUGUUCUUCCCUUUAGGUUUUCUAACUGCAGGUCUUUGCACAUGUCAUUGUAACACUUUGUCUUCUCAAGCCGCUUUUUGAAAUCUUCUGUCCAGCUGUUUUACUUCAGCAUUUCUUCGGUUUGCUUUAGCUGCUCAACUUUCAAGAGCAGCUUUCAGAGUCUCCUCUGACAUCCAUUUUGGUCUUUCCUUUCUUUCCUGUCUUUUUAAUGACCUCUUGCUUUCUUCAUGUAUGAUGUCCUUGAUGUCACUCCACAACUCUUCUGGUCUUUGAUCAUUAGUGUACAACGUGGCAAAUCUGUUCUUGAGAUGGUCUCUAAAUUCAGGUGGGAUAUACUCAAGGUCAUACUUUGGCUGUCAUGGACUUUUUCUAAUUUUCUUCAGCUUCAGCUUGAACCUGUGUAUGACCAAUUGAUGAUUUGUUCCUCAGUCAGCCCCUAGACUUGUUCUGACUGAUGAUACUGAGUUUUUCCAUCAUCUCUUUCCACAGAUGUAGUCGAUUUGAUUCCUGUGUAUUCCAUCUGGCAAGGUCCACGUGUAUAGUCACCAUUUGUGUUGUUGAUAAAAGAUAUUUGCAAUGGAGAAGUCGUUAGUCUGGCAAAAUUCUAUCAUGUGAUCUCCAUCGUCGUUUCGAUUACCAAGGUCAUGUUUCCUAACUGCUGAUCCUUCUUUGUUUCCAACUUUCACAUUCCAAUUCACCAGUGAAUUAUGAAUACAUCUUGAUUGCAUGUUUGAUCAAUUUCAGAGUGCAGAAGUUGAUAAAAAUCUUCAAUUUCUUCAUUUUUGGCCUUAGUGGUUGGUGCAUAAAUAUGAAUAAUAGUCAUUAACUGGUCUUCCUUGUAGGCACAUGGUUAUUGUCGUAUCACUGACAACGUUGUACUUCAGGAUAGAUCUUGAAAUGGCUUUUUGAAGGAUGAACGCAACUCCAUUCCUCUUCAAGUUGUCAUUCCUGUCAUAGUAGACAAUAUGAUUAUCUGAUUCAAAAUGGCCAGUAACAGUCCAUUGCAGCUUACUAAUACGCAGGAUAUCAAUGUUUAUGCAUUGCAUUUCACUUUUGACAAUUUCCAAUUUUCCUAGAUUCAUACUUUGUACAUUCUAGAUUCUGAUUAUUAGUGGAUGUUUGCAGCUGUUUCUUCUCAUUUUGAGUUGUGCCACAUCAGCAAAUGAAGGUCCUGAAAUCUUGACUCCAUCCACAUCAUUAAGGUCGACUGUACCUUGAGGAGGCAGCACUUCCCCAGUCAUUUUUUGAGUGCCUUCCAACCUAAGGGGCUCAUCUUCCAGCUCUGUAUCAGACAGUGUUCCACUGCUAUUUAUAAGGUUUUCACAGGCUAAUUCUUUUCAGAAAUAGACCGCCAAGUCCUUCUUCCUAGUCUGUCUUAGUCUGGAAGCUCAGCUGAAACCUGCCUACCACAGGCAACCCUGCAGGUAUUUGAAUACCAGUGGCAUAGCUUCCAAUAUCACAGCAACACGCAAGCCCCCACAGUACAACAAACUGGCAGAUGCAUGGGGGACAGACAUUUAAGAAAACCUAAAUAAAUGUCAUGGACCAGAAGGGAAACAAAAGCCAUUAUAUUAAAAAAAAAAAAAAAAGUCAUCUAAAACCUGUUGUUGUGAGCCAACUCUAAAUUUACAUAGACCUGGAAAUUAGAACAUUAAUUUAGAACAAUUGUAUGUUUCUCUUUUAAUUCUUAAAGUAAACUUAGCUCACAUUUCUUAGGAAAUUUACCCCUGGGACAUUCGAAAUACUAAAUGCUGUUUCUCCUCCCUCGGAAGCUCUGUCCAUGUCCUUAGCCCUCUUCUUUGCUGCUGUGCAUUCCUCUGUUCAGCCAAUAUCAUAUUGUAUUAUCUCUAGUCUGUGAGCUCCUUGAGGUCAGGGACCAUGGGGAGAUAGCUAUAGUUGAGUGGUUAAGAGUACAGACUUGGAGGUGAGGCCAUGUGAGUAAUAGUCCUGCCUAUUAGCUGUAUAAUCUUGAGCAAGUUAUAUAACUUCUCCAUGCUUCAUUCCUUCAUUUAUAAAAUAAGAAUAAUAAGUGGUACCUAUUCAUAGGGUGUUUUGAGGAUUUUAAAUGAUGCUAAUAUAGUUUGAACAGUAUCCAUCAUGUAGUCACUACUUCGAAGUGUUAGUGAUUGUGGUUUUUAACCACUGAGUAGCACAAACAUUUCACUGGGUGAAAUGGUUUCAGAAGUAGACUGCCAGGUCCUUCUUCCUAGUCUUAGUCUGGAAGCUCAGCUGAAACCUGUCCACCAUUCUGAUCAAUGUGUAAUAAGCACAUUAACAUGGUGCUUUCAGUCACGUGGAACUUUGAACUGAAGAAGUUACGUUAUCUGAUGUAUAGAACAGGGUACAACUUGUUUUGAGUAAGAAGUCAGAGGCAUAAUGUUAAACCAUCACCAAGUAAAGGUGGCAUUUACUGGAACAAAUGAGAACGUUGCCUAAAGAAUGUGGUUAGAUCAGAAAAUGAUUCUAUUCAAGUAGUCACACAGGACUGAAGAGCAAUCAACUAGCUACGGACACUGUGAGACAUCGUUAUACCAUAGGAAUAACUGUGUUGAUGUUGACUUGUUUAGUGGUUUUCUCAAUCUUUUAAUCUCUUCAAACUGAAUGCAAGGAAGUUGAGAACUACUAAUCUUUAUUAUAAUUGUGUUCAAUAAAUGCAUAUUGGAUGAACCAUUUUGAAAAAAGAAACUUAGCUGUCAAUGUUAUUCCUCUUGGUAUCUUCAGAGUACAGCACAAUGGGGAGUACAUAGAAGGUCUUACAGUGAAAUGCUUUUUCUGUAAAUGAACUCAUCUCCAUUGCUUGUGUAUCUUAGUUAGGGUCGCCGAUUCAUUUUUUACAUUUAACCAAUUACAUGUACUGAGGGUUACUUAGUUUUCAUAGCAACAUUAAUCUUUCAUUUCAUGGAUUUUGAUAUGUUUAAAUACGUAGCUUUAUUAAAUGUUUUUGCAUUUAUGCUGCAUAUAAAUCUAAUCUGCUUAUUGUAAAUCUAAUGUGCACCCUGACUUACUGGGGUGAAUAUCUAGUCAGUAAACAAAGGGAACAGGUUUCAAAUAAUUAUUCACAGUGUUCAAGUAAUCCAAGUACUGUACUUAUUUUAAUUCAAAGUAUAGUACGUUUGUUUUUAAAAUAGUACAUCAUAAAUACAAAUUCUGAUUUAUUUGAAUUUAAACAGAAUUGAGUUUACAACAUGUAUUUUCUCUUGAGGUAUAUGACAGUAAUGUUCCAACUCCCAAGUUUUUUUGUUUUUGCCAAGAGCAUUGAUUAGUUAGGUUUUCAGUCAGUUCUUCAGCAAGAACAGCGUCAGGAGGAAAAGGCUAACUCCUUUGUACCUCGGGAUAGAGGUAAGAACUGGAUACCUGUGUCUUCAGUGGAGAAACUCAGGUUCUGUUGCCUUGGCAUUCUGUUUAUUGAGGUUUUGACUUGAACCCAAAGUGCUUUUUAUACCUGUGUAGUUAAUUUUUGCUCAGCUGUACACAUUACCAUUUUUAAAAACAGCUUUAUUAAGAUAUCCAUAUACAAUAAAAUUUAUAAAUCAGUGGGUUUUUAGUAUAUUCAUAGAAUUGUGCAACCAUCACCACAAUCUAAUUUGAAACCCUGUACUACCUCUUAGCAGUCACUCCCCCAUUCCUCCUGAUCCCCUAAUGUUUCCUUCCCCCCAGUCCUAAAACCAAAAUACCCGUUGCCUUUGACUCUAUUCCAACUCAUAGUGAUGCUAUAGAACAGAGUAGAACUGCCCCGUGGGGUUUCCAAGGAGCGGUUGGUGGAUUUGAACUGCCAACCUUUUGGUUAGCAGCCGAGCUCUUAACUACUUGGCCACCAUUAACCUACUUUCUGUCUCUAUAGAUUUGCUUAUUCUGGUUAUUUCAUAUAAAUGGAAUCAUACAAUAUAUGGUCUUUCUGAUUGGCGUCUUUUACUUAGCAUAAUGUUUUAAAGGUUCAUCCUUAUGGUGGCAGAUAUCAGAAUUUCAUUCUUUUUUUAUUGCUGACUAAUAUUCCAUUAUGGAUGCACCACAGUUUGUUUACCCAUUCAUCAGCUCAUGAACAACUGUGUUGUUUCCACUUUGGGGCUGGUAUGAAUAAUGCUGCUAUGGACAUUCAGGUACAAGUUUUUCUGUCAUCACCCAUUUUAACUUUGUUUUGAUGUAAGGGUAUGUUCAUAUAUAUGCCAUAAGACUCACAUGAGAACACCCAGGUGUAGUUUUAACUUAGUAUGAGUACAUCACACAUCAUCCAGUGAUCGUAAUGUAUCUCUGCUAAGCUGGUAGGAAGUCACUCAACUGCUUAUUAGUCUCUCCUUUGUCUUUUUGAGUCAUUAGAGACUGACUGGGCAAGCAAAAAAUGACCUUUUAGAAAACAUCACUCUUCAUGUUGGAUGCCACUUCAAGGGACUCGAGUUUGAUAUUUCAUAACUUGAGCUAGAAUGGAGAAGAAUGGCUUAUUCUAAAUCCAUUUACAGUUAAUUGGGUUUCUUGGAGCAUGAAAUGCUGAACUACAACUAUCAGUCAUAUCCUGUUUUGUUGUUGUGGUUGUUUUAAAUCUCAGGCAUAUAUUCUUGUUUUUGCUUAGAGUAAAACUUUGCAACAAAGAAUCUAUACACUUAAGACGCUGAACCAUUUCUGGCAUAUAGAAAUUAAUUUCUCUAUUGACAUUAACCUCAAAGAUGCACCAUUGAUUGUACAGAUGAAGUGAAUAUACACAGUUAAUCACAUUCUUUGAUUUUUCAAGCUGAACUUGGACAAUCUUUAAGAAAGUGGUUCAAAGAAUGUGAUUAAUGGUAGGAAUCUUUAAGUGGGUUAUUUAAAUGUCUUCUGGCCAUCAACUCAACUCUGGGUUUUGAGGGUUGUUUCUUAGGGAUAGGACUCCUUCAUUAAAUCAGAGCAAGAUUACUAUAUUCCAUUACUUCUACGAAUUUAUAUCUUUACCUACAGCUGCAGUAGGUUUCUGAACAUGGUAGCCAGACUGCUCAUUAAAGGCUAGAACACAAUUUGUGGCAGAGUUUACUUCGUUCAUUGCCUUUUUACUCACAGGUGAACUCAGUAAAUGUCUUUAUUUAGCAAAUUAUGAAAACUAGUCUCUCUCUCCCCCUGAAAUGUAACAUUUAGUCAGGUAUGUUUGGUUACAGGAAUGUGAAUUUAUUGGAAUCAGCAAGAAAAUGCAGGGAUGAGGAGGCUGAUUUAGAAAUACAGCCAGAACACAUCUUAGAAGUGAGGAUGGCAAGACUUUGUCUCACUUACUUUGGACAUACUAGCAGCAGGGACCAGUCCCUAGAGAUGGACAUCAUACUUGGUAGAGGGUCAGUGAAAAAGAGAUAGACCUUCAGUGAGAUAGGUUGACACAGUGGCUGCAACAAUGGGCUUAAACAUACCUACUAUUCUAAGGAUGGACAGGAUCAGGCAAUGUUUUGUUCUGUUAUACCUGGGGUUGCUAUGAGUUGGAACCCACUCAAUGGUACCUUACAAGUCAGGGUGAUUUUAUAAGCACAAGAUUUUUAAUUUUUAUUGUGCUUUAAGUGAAAGUUUACAAAUCAAGUCAGUCUCUCACACAAAAAAUUGUAUACACUUUGCUACAUACUCCCAAUUGCUCUCUGCCUAAUGAGACAGCCCACGCCUUCCCUCCACUCUCUCUUUCCGUGUCCAUUUCGCCAGCUUCUAGCCCCCUCUACCCUCUCAUCUCCCCUCCAGGGCAGAGAUGCCAACAUAGUCUCAAGUGCCCACCUGAUCCAAGAAGCUCACUCCUCACCAGCAUCCCUCUCCAACCCAUUGUCCAGUCCAAUCCAUGUCUGAACAGUUGGCUUUGGGAAUGGUUCCUUCCUUGGCCAACAGAAGGCCUGGAGGCCAUGACCACUGGGGUCCUUCUAUUCUCAGUCAGACCAUUAAGUCUGUUCUUUUUAUGAGAACUUGGGGUGUGCAUCCCACUGCUCUCCUGCUCCCUCAGGGGUUCUCUAUUGUGUUCCCUGUCAGGGCAGUCAUCAGUUAUAGCCAGGGACCAUCUAAUUCUUCUGGUCUCAGGCUGAUGUAGUCUCUGGUUUAUGUGGCCCUUUCUGUCUCUUGGGCUCGCAAUUACCUUGUGUCCUUGGUGUUCUUCAUUCUUCGUUCCAGGUGGGUUGAGACCAAUUGAUGCAUCUUAGAUGGCCGCUUGCUAGAGUUUAAGACCCCACAUGCCACUCUCCAAGGUGGGAUGCAGAAUGUUUUCUUAAUAGUUUUUUAUUAUGCCAAUUGACUUAGAUGUCCCUUAAAACCAUGGUCCCCAAACCCCCGCCCCGGCUACGCUGGCCUUCGAAGCAUUCAGUUUAUUCAGGAAACUGCUUUUGGUUUUGUCCAGUUGUGCUGACCUCACCUGUAUUGUGUGUUGUCUUUCCUGUCAUCUAAAGUAAUUCGUAUCUACCACCUAAUUAGUGAGUACCCGUCCCCUACCCUCCCUCCCUCCCUCCUCCCUCUUGUAACCAUCAAAGAAUAUUUUCUUCUCUGCUUAAACUUUCUCAAAUUCUUAUUAUAGUGGUCUUAUAUAAUAUUUGUCCUUUUGCAACUGACUAAUUUCACUCAGCAUAAUGCCUUCCAGAUUCCUCCAUGUUAUGAAAUGUUUCACAGAUUCAUCACUGUUCUUUAUCGGUGCAUAGUAUUCCAUUGUGUGAAUAUACCAUAAUUUAUUUAACCAUUCAUCCGUUGAUGGGCACCUUAGUUGCUUCCAUCUUUUUGCUAUUUUAAACAGUGCUGCGUUGAACAUGGGUAUGCAUAUAUCUGUUCGUGUAAAGGCUCUUAUUUCUCUAGGAUAUAUUCCAAGGAAUGGUAUUGCUGGGUUGUAUGGUAGUUCUAUUUCUAACUUUUUAAGGAAGUUCCAAAGUGGUUGUACCAUUUUACAUUCCCACCAGCAGUGUAUAAGUGUUCCUGUCUCUCCACAACUUCUCCAACAUUUAUUAUUUUGUGUUUUUUGGAUUAAUGCCAGCCUUGUUGGAGUGAGAUGACACCUCAUUGUAGUUUUGAUUUGCAUUUCUCUAAUGGCUAAUAAUCGUGAGCAUUUCCCCACAUAUCUGUUAGCUACCUGAACGUCUUUAGUGAAGUGUCUUUUCAUAUCUUUUGCCCAUUUUUUAAUUGGGUUAUUUGUCUUUUUGUAGUUGAGUUUUUGCAGUAUCAUGUAGAUUUUAGAGAUCAGGCGCUGAUCGAAAAUGUCAUAACUAAAAACUUUUUCCCAGUCUGUAGGUAGUCUUUUUACUCUUUUGGUGAAGUCUUUGGAUGAGCAUAGGUGUUUGAUUUUUAGUAGCUCCCAGUUAUCUAGUUUUUGUUCUGCAUUCUUAAUGUUUUGUAUACUGUUUAUGCCAUAUAUUAGGGCUCCUAACGUUGUUCCUAUUUUUUCUUCCAUGAUCUUUAUCAUUUUAGAUUUUAUAUUUAGGUCUUUGAUCUAUUUUGAGCAAGUUUUUGUGCAUGUAGUGAGGUAUGGGUUUUGUUUCAUUUUUUUGCAGAUGGAUAUCCAGUUGAGCACAAGAAUUUUUAACUCAUUACAAUAGCAUCUUUCAGCCUGAAGUUUUCAGAUCACUUAUUUCUUGUAAAUAAUAAAUACAAGCAUUUAAAGAAAGUGUUUUAAUAAAAGCGUGGUAGACAUUUCUAUUUUCUGUAAAUUUUUUGAAAGCUUCAACAUUGAGAGGCAGCUAAACUUAGAAGCAAGUCACUUGACUUAAUUGUGAUUUGGUUGUUGACUGUCACAGCUUUUUCCUGACAAAACAUGAUGAAGAAUGGCGGUAGCUGGUUUGCCAGUAUCUGUUCCUGUCAAGUCGAUUCUGACUCAUGGCAACCCCAUGUAUGUCAGCAUAGAACUGGGCUCCAUAGGAUUUUCAAUGGGUGUGACUUUUCAAAAGUAGAUCGCCUGGCCUUUCUUCCAAGGUGCCUUUGAGUUAGCAACCAAGUGCUUAACGAUUAUAGUUGUCUUAGUUUCUGCUAAAUUUUGAAUAGACCAAAUUACAUGUCAUUUAAUUUCUUAAAAGCAGGGCCAUGUCUUUACCACUUUCGUAUUCACAAGAAACCCUGGGAAUUUAGUAGGUACUUGGGCUUAUUUUAAUUUUCCAUUUCAAAAUGUUCAUGUACAUUUUAUCAGUGGCCUAGUGGAAAGCUUUUAAAAGGAAGCUGUCCUUAGUUUGACUGGGUAUUCCCAGAUAGUACAUUACUAAAGGCUCAGUGAAAACAUCACCCCCUUUCUAAAGCUUUUUCUGUCCAUCCAUCCCAUGCCUUCUGCAGAAUUAAUUAUCCCCAUUGCGUACUACUCCUCCUACAGCUUUUAUGAGACUGUUUGAUAAUUCUUUGUUUCCCACACUGUUUUCUUCCAGAAUUGUCAAGGGUAAGGAUUGUGUUAUAGCCUUAACACUGAGCAGGAUGUAGGACAGUAGAGAUAGAACUACAGUUUGGGUAAAAAUUCUAAUGUUUUAAUUUCUCCCUUCGUUGCUCAUAUUUCUUAAAGGACAGUGUCUUCUCUCUCUGUCUUUUUUUUUUUU